AUGGCACAACUAUCGACAUGUCUUCCAUUAACCAGAGAGUCCACCCUCGAAGCCCAUGAGCUGAUCAAACCUUUGAUCCACCGCACUCCGGUGCUCACAAGCGAGGCAUUGAACAAGAUGGCCUCAACACCCCGGGCCCAGGGAACGGGAGAUCGCCAGUCUGCAAAGCCGGUCAUCCGACUAUGGUUCAAGUGUGAGAACUUGCAGCGUGCAGGAGCUUUCAAAGCCCGCGGCGCAUUCCACGCCAUCGAGAGGCUGAAGCAAGACCCCAGCUUUACCCAGAGUGGGGGUAUGGAAAAAGGCGUCGUCGGAUUUAGUUCAGGUAAUCAUGCCCAGGCGCUCGCUCUCGCUGCGAAGGAGAGUAGCAUCCGAGCGUACAUCGUCAUGCCUAAUACUACGCGGCCGAACAAGAUCGCAGCGACGGAGGGGUAUGGCGCCAAAGUCAUUUCAUGCGCACGUUUCGAGCGCGAGACUACAGCCGCCCGGAUCGUUGCUGAGAAGGGGGCCCGUCUUGUUCCACCCUUCAAUCAUCCGCAUGUCAUCCUCGGGCAAGCCACUGCCGGCUUGGAGCUCCAAGAGCAAGCCGACGAUCUCGAUGCCAUCAUCGCGCCCUGCAGCGGCGGGGGACUUUUGGCGGGUACUGCGCUCAGCUGCGAGAAUACUCCUAUUCGCGUCUUUGGGGCCGAGCCUGAGUUCGAGGGCGCUGAUGAUGGUCGACGUGGGUUCCUCACGGGUGAGAGGGUCACGCACGUCAAUACCAACACUAUUGCGGACGGGCUGAUCGGCGUUGUCGGCGAAAUUCCAUGGAGCGUUAUCUAUGACAGAAAGCUUGUUGAUGGCAUGUUUGCUGUGUCCGAAGAGCAGAUUCUUGAGGCGACACGGUUGAUCUUGGAGAGGCUGAAGGUCGUGGUCGAACCUGCUGCUGCAGUGACGCUGGCGGUAGCUUUGUAUAAUGAGGAGUUUAGGCAGAUGGUGGAGAAGGAGGCGGGCGAGAAGGGCUGGGACUUGGGCCUGAUUUUGAGUGGUGGGAAUGUCAGUGCUGAAGGACUGGCGAAGCUGUUUCGAGCCUAG